AAGUCUCUUUAGAGUACAGGUGGGAGCACAGUCUUGCAUCUUCAGCUUCGGCAACGCUGCAGACCUUUCUGUACAAAUUUUCCUUGAGGAAAUAUUGCACUCUUCGAGAGUUCAUUCUUCUGUCAGAGGCACCUCUUAUUAGGUUACAAUGUACAAAACAAGUUUGUAAUAAUUGCUGAUAAUAGCUGGCAUGUAGUUUCGGGAUGUGUUCUCACAUUAUCCUCACCACUUCAGUCAUCCUUUCCUCGGUGCUAUAUUGGAGCACGCUCCAAGCGGUGUCCUGCGAACACAAUGUGAUCAUCCCGUCAGAGGGAUAUGAGAGAUUAGGACAACAUGAAUCUGCAGCCAGGCACUACUUCUGGAAUACGGUGACUGGAGAUGUGCAGUGGGACGAUCCUGGCGAUGUCCCAUUCGAGACAGCAAGUGGGCUGCUGUACUGGGUUGGCAAGGAUGGGCAGCAGGAGUACAGUGAUAAAGAGGCACUGCAGUAUACAUGGGUUGAGGGCUGGAGUGAGCAGUACGAGCGACCAUUUUUUUACAAUCAGGACACAGGAGAGUCAGUGUGGGACCGCCCACCAGAUCUGGCCUGGCGACGGGUGUCAGUUCCAGAGGAGCUGUGAUUUGGGAUGAGCGCCACCUUGUGUUUGAGUGCCCUGCCUUGCAAUCUGUUCGGGACAGAUAUCCUGGGCUGUUUGGUGCAGCCAUUGUGACGAUGCAGCAAUUCAUGUGGCAGUUGGACAUUGUUGGUGUUGCACAUUUUGUGAUGGAUUGUUUUGAUUAUUUGGAUGCUGCCAGUUCAUCCAAUCAGCCCUAGGCGGCUGGAGUGAUGUAAUCUUCCUUCCUUCCUUCCUUUGUCCAUAAUGGCGUCCAGAAGACAACAAAUGACCUAUAUAAGUAUGUUUUAAUGCAUGCGCAGAUUUUAUGUUGUACCAAUAGCACUCAUUGUCCACCUGGACACCUGGACGGUUCCACUAUCAGGAACGUGAUAGCUACUAGCUAUAUAGGAAUGAUUUAGGAAGAUUGUUUUGACUGAUUUGAUGUGUUUUGUUUCUGGAUUUGCUGCUAUGUCUGCUGCUCUCAUGUAAUGACUGUUGAUGC